CCCCCCGUGACGGGCGUCCCGGCGGCACCGGGCAGCGCCGCGGGGGCGUCCGCGCCGCCCAGCCCGCCCCGGCCCCACGGCACGCCACGCCACGGCACGGCACGGACACGCCGCCGCCGCCGCCGCCGCCAUGAGCGGGCCCUACCCCGAGGAGAGCUGCGCCGAGCGCCCCGAGUGCAAAAGUAAAUCGCCAACUUUGCUGUCCUCCUACUGCAUCGACAGCAUCCUGGGCCGGCGCAGCCCCUGCAAGGUGCGGCUGCUCGGCGCCGCGCCCGGCCUGCCCGCCAUCGCCGCCCGCCCCGACAACGAGAAGGCCGCGCAAGGGUCCCCCAAGGGCAGCCCCCCCUUCGAACCGUCCGAGUUGCACCUUCCCCCCAAACUGCGCCGGCUGUACGGGCCGGGCGGGGGCCGGCUGCUGCCGCCGGGGGCGACGGGGCCGCGGGGGGACCGUCCGGAGGGGCGGCCGGAGGGGGGCGCCGGCCCGGUGCCCGCCGCCGCCCCGUGGGACACGCUGAAGAUCAGCCAGGCGCCCCAGGUCAGCAUCAGCCGCAGCAAGAGCUACCGCGAAAACGCGCCCUUCGUGGCGCCGCCGCCCGCCCGGGACGAGCUGGGCAGCCCCGGCGCCCACGUCGAGGAGCGGCCGGGCCCCGCCGCGCCGGCCGCCGAGGAGGAAGAGGAGGACGACGAAGAGAUGCUGGAGGAGGAGGACGAGGAGGAAGAGGAGCUGGAGGACGACGAGGAGGAGGAGCUGCUGGGCGAGGACGGCGGGGGGCUGCUGAAGGAGGCCCGCCGGGGCGCCGCCGCGGCCCCCGGGGCGGAGGGCGGGGAUCUGUCCCCCAAGGAGGAGCUGCUGCUGCACCCCGAGGACGGCGAGGGCAAGGACGGUGAGGAGAGCGUCUGCCUCUCGGCCGGCAGCGACUCCGAGGAGGGGCUGCUCAAGAGGAAGCAGCGCCGCUACCGCACCACCUUCACCAGCUACCAGCUGGAGGAGCUGGAGAGGGCCUUCCAGAAAACCCACUACCCCGACGUCUUCACCAGGGAGGAGCUGGCCAUGAGGCUCGAUCUGACCGAAGCCCGAGUGCAGGUAUGGUUCCAGAACCGUAGGGCUAAGUGGCGGAAGAGGGAAAAGGCUGGGGCUCAGACACACCCCCCAGGUUUGCCUUUCCCUGGUCCCCUGUCAGCAACUCACCCCCUCAGUCCAUACCUUGAUGCUAGUCCUUUCCCUCCUCAUCACCCAGCUCUAGACUCCGCCUGGACCGCCGCCGCCGCCGCCGCCGCGGCCGCCGCCUUCCCCAGCCUGCCGCCGCCGCCCCCCGGCUCCGCGGCGCUGCCCCCCGCCGGGACCCCGCUCGGCCUCGGCACCUUCCUGGGCGCCGCCGUGUUCCGCCACCCCGCCUUCAUCAGCCCCGCCUUCGGCAGGCUCUUUUCCACCAUGGCCCCCCUGGGCAGCGCCUCCAGCGCCGCGGCCCUGCUGCGGCAGCCGGCGCCGGCCGCCGAGGGGGCGGUGGGCUCGGCGGGGCUGGGGGACCCGGCCAGCGCCGCCGCCGACCGGCGGGCCUCCAGCAUCGCCGCCCUGCGGCUGAAGGCCAAGGAGCACGCCGCCCAGCUCACCCAGCUCAACAUCCUCCCCGGGAACGGCGCGGGGAAAGAGGUGUGCUAAGGCGGGGGCGCCGUCCUCCGCGGGGUGCGGGCUGGCGGCUUCGGGGGGAGAGGAGAGAGGGAGAGGGAGGAAGGAGGGGGGUGAAUCCACGAAUAAAUAAAGGUCACCUCAGACAGCGCGAAUCAAGACCAAACGGGAACGGGGGGGCGGGCGGGAAAUAACAAUAACGCUACUAAUUGCGGGACAAGGAGGACCAGCCGCCGAGAGCGGGGCCGGGGCCGGGGCGUGGGGACCGCCGCGCCUGCCGCAUCAGCCCGCGCGCGGCGAGCCGCCACUCGCGAGCUCCGGAAUAAGGGACUCCUGGGCUGGUACGUUUCUGACAUGUACGACGAGGUCGUUUCCUCUCGGAGCGUUAUGGGGGGAAAAAGAGAGAGAGAAAGAAAGGAGAGAAAAAAAAAAAAAAAGCCCUAAUAAAAGUUAUUCUAUAUUAGCGUUACGUACACUAAAUAUUUUUCCUUCUAUUUGGCAAGAAAAAAAAAGGCGAAACAAAUAGAAUUGUAAUUAUGAAAGAAAAAAAAAAAGAAAGGCAAAGGGAGGGGGAAGCUACCCACAUCCUCUCGGAGUACCAUCCUAGGGUGUGAAGUUGGUCUGUUAGGGGCACUGGAGAAGUGUUUUCCACGUUGAUGCGGCGAGCUGCAGACGCUAAGCAAGGGUGCUGCCGGUGCAGGCUGAGAGUGGGUUUGAUGCUGUACGAUAACCAGUGCACUUAAGGGAAAGGGUCUAUCUUUUUCUUGUUAUAUUCUUUAUCACUACACCAACCAAGGUUUUUAUAUCAAACCAAAGGGAAAUACACUGCUAGAAUAUGGACUGUUUAAGUCACUAAACUGUGAUUAUUGAUUCUGUACAUACCAUUGUUAUAAAAAAAAAAAAAGAACAGAGCUUUGUAUAUUUGAAAUGUUAUAAAACAAUUGCACUCAGUG